AUGCAGGUUAAAAAGUCGAUUACUGUGGGUGUAGUUGGCUUGCCUAAUGUAGGCAAGAGCAGUCUAAUUAAUAGCUUGAAAAGAUGUCAUGUUGCCAAUGUUGGGGCUACACCAGGUCUAACAAGAACAAUGCAAGAAGUUCAAUUAGACAAGAAUAUCAAAUUGUUGGAUUGUCCUGGUGUUGUGAUGAUUAAAUCUGGGGAGAAUGAAGCUGCUGUAGCUCUUCGGAAUUGCAUGAAAAUUGAGAAACUAGAUGAAUCAAGCCCUAACUCAAGUUCUAAUUCUAAGUGUCUAUUCUUAUAUAGAUGCAAUCGAUGGUAG